AACGCGCAAAGAAGAACAAGUCUGCGUCAGUGAAACUCCCAACAGAAAGCAGGAGACACGGGAACCAGGACAGAACUUCCUCAAGAUGAAGCACUGCCUGCGGAGAGGAGAAACAGAAAGCAUGCAGAUAGUUGAGCGAUGCUUUUUUUCAUAAAUGAGAGGUGAAGACCAGGACUAGGACUUUCCCAAUGUUCUCAAGACAGGAAUCCAACCAGGAUUCCACAGACUGCGAGUAAUGUACUAGGAUUUUUUUGGAUAGUCAUUCAUAAAUGCCGAAGAAGUUCUUCAAACCCACCACACUCAAAGGAGAUACAAAGUAAAGGGCGUUCGGCUGUUUCUUCUACACCCUCAAGACAAGGACGCUGCUGUCAAAAGGGAUGCAAAUAAGGUAGAACAAAAGACAAGCCAGCCCAGCGAAUGACCAGGUCACGUGAGAGACAAGAAGGAAGAUGAACUUAAAGGGAGAUCUAAUGUGAAGAAGAACUACCACCAGAGACCAGGAAGAGAUUCACAAGUUCAACUACAGAAGACCUAAAGGAGUGAGCAUGCCUCUGGUGCGCCCUCUCUCCAUCCUUGUCAUGCACCUUGCCCUGGUGGCAUCAGCUGGGACAGGGAACCUGGCCCGCCUGGAGCGUUGGGUCCGGUCAGGCCUCCAGUCCCUGCAGUGGGACCAGCUGGAUCAGUGCCUGCGCAUGUUUCCACACGCUGAAGCCGAGUGCCGUCGACUGGGACAUGUUCCUCAGUCCUCCGUGGCUGUUUACGUAUCGGAACCACGCAACUCUGUGGGUAACCCAGACAAAGUCCUCGCCAUCCUCCCUGACUCCUACUAUUCAUCCGGAGGGUUGUUGGGAUCAAAGUCACCUGGCUUCAGUGUCGGCCAAGUUCUCAACCGAGGUUCGAGUCCUUACCGACACCAACAGCCUCACUCUGGCGCCGCGGCCCACGAUGCCAUCCUGGUGCUGGACCCCAGCCCCGGGGAGAACUUCGGACACCCUGUGUUCCUCUUCUAUGUGGAUGUGAACGUGACGAAGAAAAGAUGUGCACAUCUUGACGGGAUAUAUCUGGGUGAGGAGUGUUUGACGCUGGCGCUGAAGGGUCGCUGUCAGAACCAGCUGAAGCGUUGGCAGACGGGGCCUGAGAGGCUCAACAUGAACGGCCACGGACGGCUGUCGGGCGGGGCUCUGCAUCACGGGGUCUCCAUCAGCAGCACGGCCAGUCGCCUGGUGGAGAGGGCCAUGGGGGCGCUGUGUGAAGUGCACUUCCUUCCCCUGGUGAUUUCAGUGGGAGACAGCAACCGGACGCAGCGACUCAAAUGUGUGGACCAUGCAGAAUUCGCGAGAUGCCCUCAGACGUUGCCCAUGAGCCCGGCGACUUUGCCAGUGUCCAGCUGUGAACUGAACAAAAACACCAGGCGUUGCCACCAGCAGCCACUGGCCACACACCUCUCCUGUCGACUCUAUCAGACGUGUGACCACGCAGUGCUCCUCUCAGGGGGCUGGCAGCAACAGAUAACAUUCCAGGAUCACGUCCAGAAUCUUCAGAGGUUCUACAGAAUGCUCCGGAGCAACGGCUUCCAUAAAGAUCACAUCAAAACCUUUUUCGCCAGUGGAGGACAGAUUCCUGAAGACUUGGACGGAGCCUAUUCGGCAACAGAGAAGACGGUGAUUCGCAAUCACGUGUCGUACAUCUGCAGGAAGCAGCACUGCGCCGACACUCUGGUUCUCUACCUGAACUCGCCAACACGCAGCGACGGUACCAUGCUUCUGUGGGACGCCAACCUCAACGGAAUUGCUGAUUUAAAAGAGCGAUACUCCGUCAAUGAGCUGCUGGCUGACUUGGCAGGCUGCAAGGCGACUCGGGUUUUGUUAUUUGUGGAUCAGAGCUACAGCGGCGUUCUCUCCAAACGGUUGCGAGGAUCACUGAAGCAUACCAAUGUAGUUUUGAUUCAGAGCCAGAAAAGACAGGCUCAGACCCACCAGAACCAGAGAGCCAACCCCGGCUCAGACUGGUCUUACAUUGGCCCCUCAACCUGCCUCCUGGAUCACUUGGGAAAGCAGGGUGCGGGGAUGUCCCGUCUGCUUGAGCCAUGGCUCGGCCUGCUGAACGUGACUCUGGCAGGCGCCCCUUGCAACGCCACCCCGCCUUUGACGGACGGCGAGCUACGGCGGGAGUACCAAGGCUGCCAAAAUCUACCGACCGCACUGUGGCAUCAGAAACGCAGAAGACCCAACUAGGAGACGAGGAGCAGGACAGACAAGAAGGAGGGAGAGUGGGGAGCAACUCACGCACCGAAAACACACACUCGCUAGCGUGACACGCACUUGCAUAUCUGCUGAUGUGUGUCGACUUGGACUGUAGAUGUAUUUGGUGGACACCUGUGUGUGCGAGUCUUCUGUCCCAGGUCUGAACUCACUGUGUAACCGUAGCGGUGACAGCUCCUCCCAAAGGGAGUGUAGUGAACGCCGUGAGAAAAGUGUCUGUAUGGAAGCGUGUGAGUUCAGCGAAAGGACAGACACACCAUUGCUAGCUUACACUUGUGUGCGUAUCUGACAUCCCCCGGGGUUUUUUUUUAACAGUUUAGAGACAAUCAAUCCUCACCGUUUUGGUGUGUUUACUUUCUGUGACCCUGCUCUUUUUAAAUGUCCAAAACGUCUCCGUACUUAGCAUCCUGCAGUGUGACUUUUAAGUGGAAGUGAAAGAGGUUCAGGCAACUGGAUGCCGUUCGAUUCAGCUGUUUUCCUUGACAGUAUCAAUUCAAAUCAAUGUCCUUAGUCUUGUACGUUCUGUGGAAAUGACUCGCCACAUUUUUAACCAGAGAAUCAUGGGACCGUCAGCCCAUCUAUAAAAAGUCUUCACCGAAGGGGGAGGGCCCACUAGUUCCACAGAGGGCCACAGGUUUUUGUGCCAGUAUAUGAAGAAGACGCCUUUUCACCAGUCAGGAUUGAAGUGACUGUCAGUCUGCCGUAGGUUAAACUGCGUUGAUGUGAAUCGGCACCACCCCGGCCCUUUGAGGACCGGCUCGCCCAAGUCUGGUCUUGACUCUUGGCAGAGUCAGUCAGAACAUGAAAGGCUGCCAACGCAACAACAACACAUGACGGUUCAGCCACUAAGAGCACAAUACGUUAAACAAUCCAGUGCACAAACAUGGAAACUGCAGCAGUGCUGCAAAAGGUGCCAUCUUUAAUCCCCAUACAAUACGACAUAUUUCACUGGGAUUCAAUUGGAUUUGGAAAUUAACCAGAGCCAAAAAAAUGGACAUUGACAAAGUACUUAUAACAACAGAAAGGUGGGACAGAAUUAUUUUAAAGAAUCAACUGUAAAUGGAUUGUGUCAUUCGUUCAAAGAUAAAACUGUUAUGUGUGUGUGUCACAUCACCGAAAUACAAGCACACACUUUAACAAUAUCAAUAUGAGAAUUACUCCUUCCCUUUCACUGAAAACCUGGACGACGGAGUGAGUCUGUUUUGUACUGUUUUGUUCGGAAGUGAGUCCAAGCUUCCAAGUGUUUGUGGACAUGUGUAUAUUCACAGUAUCGUUCUGUACAGAGUAUUGAGAUAUGAUAAUAACGCAGAUUUCUGGUGGCAUGCAGUAAAAUCACAAAA